GGAAGGGGUCGGCAGGGGUCUGACCCGCGGUUGCACAUGAACUCAACCUGUAGAUGUUCAGACUGAACUGUUUUUACCUUCACCUGGUCGUUUCACCUUCCUGUUGGCGUGAUUCUGUGGGUGUGGGAAGCACAUCGGCGCCCACGUUUGGACCUACCUUAUUCUUCUAGUCUCAGAUUGAGUUCGCUGUAGUCAUGCAGGCACACGAGCUGUUGAAGCAGCUGCGAAUCCCUGAGCUGUCCGAGGUGAGGGACUAUUUCCGCAGCCUCUCCACAAACAUUCUCCUUGGCAUGGGUGUGUUCACCGCCGUCACAGCGUACUGGGUCGCCACCAGACCCAAAGCUCUCAAAGCGCCCUGUGACCUGCGUAUGCAGUCAGUAGAGCUGCCGGGUGGAGAAUUUGCUCGUCGAGGGGCAGUUUUAAACGGAGGACCGCUCUUGAGCCAUUUCUACGAGGACGCCAAGACCAUGUACGAGUGCUUUCACAGGGGUCUGAGGGAGUCAAAAAACGGUCCCUGUCUGGGAUCAAGAAAACCAAAGCAGCCGUAUGAAUGGCUUUCGUACUCAGAGGUGAUUGAGCGAGCAGAGAAUUUGGGAUCAGCGUUUUUGCACAAAGGACACUCGAAGGAUGGAGACCCCUACAUCGGCAUCUUCUCUCAGAACAGACCAGAGUGGACGAUUUCAGAGCUGGCCUGCUACACAUACUCUCUGAUAUCAGUUCCUCUGUAUGACACCUUGGGCACAGAAGCGAUAAGCUACAUCCUCGACAAAACCGGUAUCUCUACAGUCGUAUGUGACGUCCCUGAGAAGGCCAAGCUGCUGUUGGACUGUGUUUCGGGCCGGCAGCACUCAGUCAAAACCCUGAUCCUCAUGGAAAACUUUGACACUGAUUUGGUUAGCAGAGCACAGCAGUGCGGCAUCGACAUCAUCAGUCUGAGAGACGCAGAGAAUAUCGGCAAGGCUCAUCGACAGCAUCCUGUGCCCCCUCAGCCUGAUGACUUGGCUAUUAUUUGUUUUACAAGUGGAACCACAGGAAACCCUAAAGGAGCGAUGCUCACCCACAGAAACAUAGCGUCUAAUGUUUCUGCCUUCAUCUACGUCACAAAGAUCUACGGACAGGCUCACAGUCCCCUGAAGAGACACAUCCUGGAGUUUGCGUUCAGGAGGAAAGAGAACGAGAUGAAGAGCGGCAUCAUGAGGAGAGACAGUGUGUGGGACAAGAUCAUCUUCAAGAAAGUCCAGGCCAGUGUUGGAGGACACGUUCGAUUGAUGAUAACUGGAGCGGCUCCCGUUUCAGCUCCUGUUCUCACCUUCCUGCGAGCUGCAUUGGGCUGCCAUUUUUAUGAAGGAUACGGUCAGACUGAAUGCACUGCCGGCAGCACAACUACACUACCAGGAGACUGGACUGCGGGUCAUGUUGGAGCUCCUCUGCCCUGUAAUGACAUCAAACUAGUGGAUGUGGGAGAGAUGAACUAUUAUGCCACUAAAGGCGAGGGAGAGGUGUGUGUGAGGGGUCCUAAUGUUUUUAAGGGGUAUCUGAAAGACCCUGAGAAGACGAAGGAGGCUCUUGGUGAAGAUGGUUGGGUUCACACAGGAGACAUUGGCAGGUGGCUGCCGAAUGGCACUCUAAAGAUUGUGGACCGUAAGAAGCACAUUUUUAAGCUGGCUCAGGGUGAAUACAUCGCUCCAGAGAAGAUCGAGAACAUUUACAUCAGGAGUGAAGCUGUGGCGCAGGCUUUCGUACAUGGAGACAGUCUGCAGGCCUGUCUGGUAGCCAUCAUUGUGCCAGAUCCAGACUUUCUGCCCGGCUGGGCCAAGAAGAGAGGCAUAGAGGGCUCGUAUGAAGAACUGUGCAAAAAUAAGGAGGUGAAGAAAGCCAUUCUUGAGGAUAUUGUCAAAUUGGGUAAAGAAAGUGGCCUGAAGUCUUUUGAACAGGUGAAGGACAUUGCUCUUCACACCGAGAUGUUCUCCAUCCAAAACGGCCUCCUGACGCCCACCCUGAAAGCCAAACGCGCUGAUCUCAGGAACUGCUUCAGGAACCUGAUCGAUGAGCUUUACUCCAACACCCAAAUGUAAAGCAGAGGAAGUGCCUCAGAUAUUUCAGAGUAACAGAGCUGAUCUGGGUCCCAUGACUGAAAAGACCUAGUUCAAAACAAGAGGCCUGAGAGAGCUUGUUGUCAACUGAUACUGUAGCAUCAGUUUUAUAUGCCUUUCAGAAUAAGAUUAUAUACCCUAGAUCAGCUGUGUUACUCGACUCGACUUCAGCUUUAAAGAUCAUGCCUCAGGAAAACAUCCCUACAUUUUGACACCAUAAUUUUUGCCUUUGACUAUUUUAGGAGAAAGGGAAGAGAAAUCCACAACCUAAUGCUGUUAUUGAGGACAAAAUAAUAUUCCUCUUUUAUUUGUGCAUUUUUUUCUAAUGAGAUGAUGUAGAUAAGCCAGACAUGCUAUUCUGCUUAAAUUUGCUGAAAAUGUAAUCAUCCUCACUCUAAGAUGUAGAUGAGUGUUUCUUCAUAAGAAC